AUGGCAACCGGAUACAUACCAUCAUCUGGAGGACUCUCCACAGAUUGUAACUUGUUUCUUUCGAACGGAAAUUUGGUCAACAUCACCCAGCUGCAACCCGGGGACCUCCUGUUGUCUGCAGACGGUAAAGCCUCAGAAGUUGAGCAUGUUGUACAGUUUAUUGGCGACUUAGUCAGGAUUACGCAAAAGUUCAAACAUGUCAAAGAAGGUUUACCAAACGGAUACGUUCCAUGUGGUGGUAUGGCCAUCACCGUUUCUGCUACUCAAGAACUCCUAUUAAGAACAGCACAGAGAGUGAAAAGGGUCACGAAGAAAGAUGGAGAGUCUGGAAGCGAGAAAAGGGUUAUCGAGAUAACUCAGCUGAGAAGCAUAUUUUAUAAAGGCUUUGGCAAACUCGUCCGACCAAUAACCAGUUCGAAGUCUUUCACGGUUACCUCUCCAAUAUUCUCUACCAUCGCAGAAAUGAAAGCACAUACCAAGAAAGCAACAUCUUCAUCCGAUGAUGGGUACUAUUACUGGAAGUGUCGAGUGAAAAACUUACAAGAACCACAACUAAAUAAGGAAUUGAGAGGUUCUACAAAAGUGCUUUUAAGCCCCAUAAAUUUGGAGAUUCCGGUCCUGAAGGAGUGGAUGAAUAAGUGGUUCAAUGAGGAGGUGACCUCAGGGAAAGUAGAGGCCAUGGCAUGGCUGCUCGGUUUCUGGAUAGGCGACGGUUAUCGAAGAGGAGCCGUUUUCGCAUUGCAUUCAGAGGACCACGAUGUCAAUGAGUAUCUACGUAUGGCAGCUGAAAAGCUGGGGAUGACAUUAACUAUCAAAGUAAGAAACGAGGUUGGAUUCAAAGCAGAUGGUUAUUUGCAUACACAAACUGGUUCCCGAGAUAGAAAUAGCCCCCUUACCUCUGCUCUCAAAGAACUCAAGUUUUAUCAAAAUGGUAGGAUAAACGGCCCUAAAUGCGUACCUGCAUUCUUACGAUUUGAGACUAGAUCAGUGAAGGAAUUUUUUAUGGCAGGCCUUAUUGAUUCUGAUGGGUGCACGAACACCAUUGAAGGCACCGCUAGGGUGGCCAUUAAAACUGUAUUCGAGCCUAUAAAAGAUGGAAUUUUUAUUAUUGUACGUUCUUUGGGCUUAAACCUCACCGUGUCUUUCGAUCCCGAACAAAUACGCGAAGAUGGUUUACAUCAAAACGAUACCUGGAUUUUCCAUUUGUUUGAGGGGGCCAACAAGUCAGUGUUUUGGUCCAUUUUAAACAAAUGCUCCUGUGAAAGAAAACGGCAGCCACGAGAACUAAAAAAUUGUAGAAUCCCCUUGUACCCGCCAACUGAAAUUGAAGAGAGCGAUACAGUAAGGCUGAAUGUCAUACCGAUGGCUUUUGACAUUCAAAAAAGCGGAACUGGGAGAUUGUUUGCGGUCUAUUUAAAGAAUCCUUCAAGCACCUUCAUCACGGAAGAGCAAUUGAUCUGCAGCAGUGCCUCUUUGGACAUUGUCCGCCAUGAAGCAUCGGUCAUCGUAAGAGAUAAGAGCUACUUCAAGGACGAGAAGAACUUCUGUUAUUCGUGCGCUCGAGCAAAAGAUAGCAGAUUUGAGCAGAUUCCCUGGGACACUGCACAACUUUGGUGCCGGAACUGCAGGAAGCGUCACCAAGAGACUGCGAUCUUCUGCUUGAACGAUAGUUGCAGGGAAAUACCGAGUAAAGACCAAGCAAGGCAAAUGAGGAAAGCCGGGAAGCUUUGCUGUCAUUCGUGUGGAUCUGAAGUGAGAAAUGAUUUUGUCAAGAAAAGGUCUUGGGCUUCUGGAGAGUGUGUCAGUUGCGAUGUUUUAGAAUCUAGUGACUGGCUCAAGUUGCCAUGGAACAAGGAAGCCAACGAAAGGCUUUGUAGACAGUGUUACUACUCGCACACCGUGAAUGGAAAAUACUGCGUUAGCUGCUGCAAAGUUUUUACCGCGUCUGAACUUAAGGAACUCUUGAUUGAGUAUACCGAAAACAAUGAACUUGACGGAAGUUGGAUUCCUUGUGCGCGUUGCAAAAAGUCUACCAACAUCAGCCUACCAAGAAAUGAUGGUUUGAUGUUGUAA